AUGUAUAAUCAUCCUACUAGGCCGAGCCUCCCUGUUGUCCUGGCCGUAUUGAUGCUUUGGGGCCCUGCCUUUGCCUCUCUUUCACAAUCCAAGCCACAAGCAGCCGCGUGGCCGUCACCUUUUCAAGUCCAUCCAAGAGCCAAUUCGGCAGGCGAGAACUGGGAGUAUUCCAUCCCCAGCGAAGUGCAGCAUGGGAGUAGCUCUGCCCGAUUCAAUAUCUCUACGCCCGACACUGCUCUGAGCCAACAUGAUUUACGUAUGCUAGACGCGCCCCAAGUGGCUAACAUUACCGAGGCUGUCUUUGACUGGUGGUACUUUGAUGCCGUAUCGGAAACCAAUCCAAAGGAGUCCAUCGUGGUCAUACUGUUCAGCUCCUCGGCAAAUGCAUUUCCCUGGCUGGACAAGGACUUGGAUUCUGUCCUGGUGGCAUACCUCUGGGCCUCUUUCGGAAAUGGCACCGUUUUUGCACACUAUGUCCCCGCGACACUGGCUACUGUGACCGGAGGAGAUGAUACGGUACACUCAAGUUCUGGCGACUGGUCCUCCACCGGCUUCAGCUGGACGAGUAGGAGCCGCGAUCUGUCUCAAUACGAGGUUCGUCUUGAAUCAGAGAAAAUGCACGUCAAAGGCCGCGUGGCCCUGAGCUCUCCACCCGCGCCCCAUCUUCCGUGCGGCAUCAACUCUCCCGUAACCACUUUGGAAAUCUUCCCUCAUAUUGGCUGGGCGGGGAUCAUCCCGGACGCCACCAGCACCGUGGAGAUCACGGUUCAAGGUUCCCCUUUGACAUUCCAAGGAGGGGGUAUCAUGACAAAGUUCAAUUGGUCGGACCGACCUUUCAUUGAAUCCGUCCAGAGUUGGUACUGGGGCCAUGGCCGUGUAGGUCCGUACUCGAUCGUUUGGUUUGACGGGAUCGACACUACCAACACGCCCCGCACGAGUAGCUACGUCGCCCGCGACAAUGUGGUGUUGUUAGGGUCCUGCAGUACCGCGAGUCUCACUGUGCGGCCAGUCGGAGCAUCGAACACGACUGGAGGGAGAUAUCCGCCGCAGGCUGGUGACAUUCCCAUUGGGUUUGCACUGGAGUUCGAUCUUGGGAAUGAAGGGAUUCUCAAAGUCCAUGCAUCGGCCGAGGCGACCCUUGUGAAUGAUGGCCGGUACUAUUUUCGUUGGUCGGGUCCAUUGACGGGCGAGCUGCUUCCGGCUAGUGACCAGAAAGAAAAUCUGACAGGGGUGGCAGUCUUUGAACAGUUUGCCCUGGUAGAGUAA